UCCUCCUCCCCUUCCCACACCUCCUCCACCACCGCCACCUCCACCACCAUAGACACCCUCGAAUCCGACCUCCUCCAGCACCUAACCAGCACCCCCGCCCUCGAAGACCUGCACACCACCCUCCUCAGCUCCCUCCAACGUCUCGGCUGGACAGAACGCAUCCGCAAACUCGCCCAGGAACUUCUCCGCGGCGGCCGCUGCGAGCGCUUCGACGAGGUUUUCGAGGCCGUGGUCGCGUCCGCGGAGGGGAGGAAACAUCCUGUUUUGGUGGAGGCGAAUAGGAUCAAGCAGUCACAAUCACAGUCGCAGCAGAGUAGUAAUGGGCAGGGUGCUAGUGGGGGGAUAGGGAUUGGGAACGACGACGACGGGAUCGAGAAUUUUGAGACGUACGAUGUACGCAUUCCGCAGGCGGUGGUGGACCAGGGGGUCAGGGCGAUUAAGGAGGUUCUGAGGGAGGUGGUUGUUGCGGAUGAUGGGGGGGAUAUUUUGGAUGGGGAGAAUGGGCACUCGCAUGGACAUGGGAAGGAGGAGAAUGGGACGGGUGGAAGUGGAGAGAAAGAGAAGGAGAAGGAGAAGAGCAAAUCGUCAACGAAGAAUGGGGAUACGGCGAGUCCGGUGAAAAAGGUGGAGAAGAAGCCGAAGACGGGG